AUGAAUUUAAAUAUUUUUAAAUUUACCUGCUCCCUCGUUUUACUAUUUUUGGUUUAUUUACCUGAAAAAUCAUUGGGAGAUGGAGUGGAUUCGAUGAAUGGAGAGAAGGAUGAAAUUACUGAUAAACUACCUUUAAUUAAUUUUGAUAUAAAUUUUAAGCAUUAUUCAGGUUAUCUUCAAGUAAAACAGAAUUAUAUGCUUCACUAUUGGCUAGUAAAGUCCCAAUCGAAUCCAGCAACUGAUCCACUACUCUUCUGGUUUAACGGAGGUCCAGGAUGUUCAUCACUUAAUGGAUUAUUGGAAGGAAUGGGUCCAUAUAUUUUAAGCCCUGAUAAAAAAACUCUAAUCAAAAAUGAAAAUAAUUGGAAUAAAAAUGCUUCAAUAGUUUAUAUAGAGGCUCCAAUAGGUGUUGGGUAUUCAUAUGCUCUUAAUGGGAAUAUUACGAUAAAUGAUGAUCAAACUGCUGAUGCCAACUAUGAAGCAAUUAAAUUAUUCCUAGCAAAAUUUCCAAUGUUCCGAAAAAGCAAGCUAUACGUAGCUGGAGAAUCUUAUGCAGGUGUUUAUGCCCCAAUGGUUGUUGAUCGAAUUAUUAAAGGACAAAAAGUUUUUCCCAUUAAUUUAAAGGGAUUAGCAAUAGGAAAUGGAUUAAUGAAUUGGAAUAUGAGUAUUGAUACAACCUUACAGUUUGCCUAUGGCCAUGGUAUUUUGGACGAAGAAACAUGGCAAUUGUUUUCGAAACAAUGCUGCAAAGGAUGUGUUGGCAAGUCCCUUUAUUUAAAAAAAUCCCAGUAA